AACGCACAUUGGACAGACUGUGUCGCACGCUGGGGUUCAGUGGCAGGUCAAGGUGUGAUAAUGUGGUGACAGGAGAUUAAAUUAGACAGAAAAACGACGGGUUGAAGCUGAAGGGGGUUAGCGCCAAAUUAAAUGCGCUCCUCCCUGCAGGUCAUCUGUUCUCUACAAGGCGCCAGCUCAGAGGAACUAGCUAGCCCGGCCUGGAAACACACACACACACAGACACAGAGGUCGGAACAACAGCCUGAAAAGUUUACACAAUUAAUGUAUCUGUGAGUGAACUUCAAGCGCACAAUCUUGAGGUUUACUCUGAAACACACGUCUAACCCCUGAGUAUAAUGCCAGGAAAAAGGGAAGGAACAGAACCAAAGUCUGCAGCUGCCGAGGCGACCAAAGAAAAUACAGUAAGACCGAGGAAGAGGAAGGCAGAUGUUGCCAUUUAUUUACAAGAUCUGGAUGAGGAGGUAGCAGAGAUGACGAAGAAGAAGCAGCGGGACUGUGAGGUGGACUGGAGUCCUGAGGCCGGACACACGAGUCCACACAGGUGGAUCCCCACACCUGAUCAGGAAAAAGACCAGCCAGUCUCCCUGAUAAAUGCUGGAUUCCCUCACUACAACUUUAACAACAUAUUUAAGACCCCUGUGCACUGUGCCCCGCUUCCUGCGCUGUGCUGGGCCAGUAAAGACGUGGUGUGGAGCAACAUGUUGGAGAAGGACAAGACGUACACCAGAGACGUGCACAUGAUGGACAAACAUCCUCAUCUGCAACCAAAGAUGAGGGCCAUCCUUCUGGACUGGCUCAUGGAGGUGAGUGAGGUGUACAAACUUCACAGAGAGACGUACCACCUGGCUCAGGACUACUUCGACCGCUUCAUGGCCACGCAGACAAACGUCUUCAAAUCGACGCUGCAGCUCAUCGGCAUCACCUGCCUCUUCAUCGCUGCUAAAGUAGAGGAGAUGUAUCCACCUAAGAUCUACCAGUUUGCCUACGUCACAGACGAAGCCUGCAAUGAAGACGAGAUCGUCAGUAUGGAAGUCAUAAUUAUGAAGGAGCUGAAGUGGAGUCUCAGUCCUCAGACUCCCGUCUCCUGGCUCAAUGUUUACAUGCAGGUGGCCUACCUGAAAGAGAGCGACGAGCUGCUCAUCCCCCGGUACCCUCAGAAGACCUUCGUUCAGAUCGCAGAGUUGUUGGACCUAUGUAUGCUGGAUGUGCGCUGCCUUGAGUUCUCUAAUGGUGUACUCGCUGCAUCAGCCUUGUUUCACUUCUCCUCCCUGGAGCUGGUGGAGAACGUCUCAGCUCUGAAGAGGGUGGAGUUGGAGGAGUGCGUCAGGUGGAUGGUGCCGUUUGCCAAAGCUCUGCGUGAGGUCGGAGGGUCGACGAUGAAAACGUUCCCAGGAAUCCCCGCAGAUAACUUGCACAACAUCCAGAUCCACGCUUCCUACAUGACAUGGCUGGAAAAGGCCUACUCUUAUCGGGAUGAGGAGCUGGAGCGACACAAAAGCUGUCCUGUCCCGUCAGGAGUCCUGACUCCGCCCCUGAGCAGUGAGAAAAUGGAAGACUUGGUCAGAGUGGACGCUGCGGUGCUGAAAAUAAGGCCCAGGAUGCGCACGCCAUCCCCACAGCGGUUGGCUCCACAGUAGAGAAGCCGACUCGCUAGCGACAACAAGACAAGAAAUCGUAAUGAAAUGUUUGCGUCUCAGCUGAAAGUGGAGAAUGAACUCUCGUCUGCGGCGACGCCUCCACAGUGCUCGGGACACAACGCCUCGAUGGAAACUGUACUUUCUCCUUUUUUAAAGAUGUUCUGAUUACGAGGAUCCAGGUGCUUUUAAACGUCGCUGAGGUGGAAGCAGACAACGACUAUGGCUAACAUUUGAAGCUUCCACACAGUGAGGAAAUAUCUCUGCAGGAACGUCCCCUAUUUAACCUUCAUGGAUGAAACACGUCAGGAGCGGGUCGUUUUGGGAUCAGAUUUUUUGUUUUUGAAUGGCAUGGCGGUUCCAAACGCGUGCAUGAAUUAUCAACCACACCUUCAUUAAACUGGUUGCUUUUGUUUUGUUUUCUAUGCAGAGGCCAAAUAGUUCAGACGUGAGAGUCUCUACGUGUUUUUUUUUUUCUGUGUGUGUGAUGAAACAGGGAGGGUUGCUGAUUUAUCUUUUAGUGGCCUUGUUUGCCCAAAAACUAUUCCUAGGGUCGAAUGUGACUCUAUGUGCUGCUAUAAAGUGGGCUUUGUAUGAUGGCGGGGGGGACGUGUGUGUGUGUACGUGUGUGUGUGUGUUGUUGCUCGUUCUACUCUUACCAUUUUGUUGGAGAAAGCAUGGCUUUGUUUUGCUUAGGGACCAGUAGCUUGGCUACCUGAAUGGACGAGUGAACCAGCCAGGCUUCUGAAGCUAAAAUGUUGAUUGUAUUUAACUUUUUAUUUUUUAUCCCGACUGUUUUUUUUUUUUUCCCCACUGCCAAAAUGUAAGAAAUCUAUUGACUUUUUAAAAUAAAAUGCUGCUACAUAUUUUCAAUUAAA